AUGACCCAGGAGCAGUACAUUUUGGCUUCACAGCCAAAUAAUCUUCAGAGACCUGGAAGUGCUCCUGCAUAUCCUGUGGGUAUAUAUGGCUGGAGGAAAAGAUGUUUAUACUUCUUUGUUCUACUGCUACUGGUUAUAAUGAUAGUAAAUUUGGCUUUAACUAUAUGGAUUCUAAAAGUCAUGAAUUUCACAGUGGAUGGAAUGGGAAGUCUUAGAGUUAGUAAACAUGGAAUACGGCUGGAAGGCAUAUCAGAGUUCCUUUUUCCACUCUAUGUUAAAGAAAUCCAUUCAAGAAAGGACAGUCCACUGAUACUGCAGUCUGACAGAAACGUGACUGUGAAUGCCAGGAAUGAACUUGGUCAGCUUACAGGACAACUUACUGUUGGAUCAGAGGCUGUUGAAGCUCAGUGUCAGCGGUUUGAAGUCAGAUCAAAUGAAGACGGAAAAAUCCUGUUUUCUGCAGAUGAAGAGGAGGUCAGCAUUGGUGCAGAAAAGCUUAGAGUAACAGGAACAGAAGGAGCAGUAUUUGGUCAUUCUGUGGAGACUCCUCAUAUCCGAGCAGAACCUUUUCAAGAUCUGAGGCUUGAAUCUCCAACAAGGACCCUUACAAUGGAAGCUCCAAAGGGGGUGGAAAUUAGUGCAGACGCAGGGGAUUUCAAGGCCACCUGUCGAAAAGAGAUGCAGCUUCAGUCUACUGAGGGAGAGAUAUUUUUAAAUGCGAAUACAAUCCGUUUAGGAAAUCUUCCACAUGGUUCAUUUGCCACUUCCUCACCUGGUUCAAUGGGACCAAAACAGACUGUCUAUGAGCUGUGUGUUUGCCCAAAUGGAAAACUGUAUCUUUCACCGGCUGGAAUGGGAUCCACUUGUCAAUCUACUAGCAAUGUAUGUUUAUGGAGCUGAAAGCGGAUUAAUUUUUAUACACCAGAAUAGCCUUUGGUACUUCUUACAAUUGUCUCCCCAAACUGAAAAUCAGGAAUUGCAAAAGGCUUCCAAUGCCACUUCUUCCAGACUGUGCAGAAGUAAAAUGAUGCCUUUUUUUUUUUUUUUUUAAAUCUUUGAGUUUAAACUUAACUUCUGCCUAACAGACAUUGGAGAAAAGCAGUUCACAUUUAAAGAAAAAAAUAAGUCUGGGUUCUAAAAUAUUUUUUGAAAUCUACAUAUAAACACAGGUGCCUUUGCUACAGUAAGUAAAGCACAUUGUCUACUACAUAAACAAGACCUGGACAUGACACAUCUAAGGAAUUUCAAUCCCAAAUGACUCUUUUAGAGUUUUAAUAAUGUAUGUGUGUCUGUCUUAUAUUUAAAAGCACAAAGUAUGGGUUGUGUAGUUUUUUCAAGUAUGUAUGUGUGUGGAAGUUAUAUCUAUAUUGACAUAUAAACAG